GGUUGUAGUUGCCCAGGUGAGAGAUAAGGGUGGGGGCUAUGGAGAGGGGAAGAGUGGAAAGGAUCCAGGGUUGUGGGGAGUGUAGAAGCAGGGGGUUAUCAGUGGGUUACUGAGGGGCCUCGGCAGCCUUCUAGGUUCCUGGCUGCUAGUAAAUUGGCUCUUCCCUAGCUUCUAUCCUUUGUCUUCCAGGGGAGCAGGGUCUGUUCCUACCUGGACUCUGCCAGGCCAAAUGCCCUCAGCUUAGCCCCCCCUGAGAUUGGGGAGAGUGAGACAGUUGGGCUAAAGGCCUAUACCAACAGGUGUUCACUGUCCAGGCCAAGACCAGUGAAGGUUUGAAAGCUUCAGAGCGAGCCGCUGGAGGGACACACAAAAGCCCUUUGUCCAGGCCAGGUGGUUUCCUGGAGGGAUGCCCAGACACUGACUCCUCCCUGAAGGGCUUGAGAUGGGGUCCCAACACAGAGCUGGCAGCCUCAGUAGCAGGAGGAACACUGUGCACCAAGGUUAGAUGGGGCUCCAGAAACCUCCCCUGUGAGAAAGAGCAGCCCGGAAUUGUGGGCACCUGCUCUGGAGACUUAGGGUCUUCUCACCAUCCAGUGGGGGAAUGGUCACUCCUGAUCUCAGAGUCUGUGUUUGCAGUAACUUGUAAUAAAUUAUAAUAAAUUUAGAGGCAACUCUCAAAACAAUCCUAGUCAGCCCCCCUCCCCCCAGUGCCAGGGACUGUAGAGGGACCACCACAGGGAGGGAACCUCUGGGGUGAGCCUGUGAGACCCGCCCCUCCCCAACACGUACAGAAAUACUAACAUUAUUCACUUAACACAAAUUUCCUCCUUGGUGUCUCGGGGACAUUGAGAAAUCUUCCCUCCAGUGUGAGGGCGGAUUAAGUCGUUCCCAAUGACAACUGUACUAACUGUCCAGGCAAGUUCAAAGGCAGUGCAGUGGGGCACACCUUGGCAGGAGGCUCUCACCAACCCCAGCAUUAUGCAGGACUGGGAGAGCAGGGAGGGGGGUCCAGGCCCAGCGGCACUUUGAUGGGCUCUUACUUCUCCACCUGCCAUGGCAGCAGUCCCAGCCCCUCCACCACCUCUGUGCCCCCCCUCCUGCUCCCCAGAUCUUCAGCUGGAGGCCAAUGAGGAAGCUAAGGACGACAGGGGGAGGGCAGUGCUGCAAAGACCUGGCAGGUCUGAGGCAUCAGGGGAAUUCCAACCCAUCUUCCGGGUACUUCACCUCGUCCCUGUGUGGUUGGGGAGCAGCAGGUGAUUACCAACCACUUCUGACUCCAGAAGCCUACGAUCUAGACCCGAGACCACAGCUAUGGUGGGCCCUAGGCACCCAGUGUCAGUCCGGGCAACAGCUCUGGUGCAAAUAGAGGAGCUCCAAAUGUUCGCCUUCUCUGUGUGCUGGUCGGAUGACAGCAACACCUUGGUGCGGAGAAGCUGGGAGGAAUUCAAGAGGCUCCAUAUCCUCAAGAAGACCUUCCCGGUGGAGGCAGGCCUGCUGCGGAGAUCCGACCGAGUUCUCCCCAAACUUCCCGACGCAUCUACAUCGCUGCUGGCGCGUGGAGGGCGCACAGGCCGCGGGCUGGUGCGCCUGCGGCUGCUGGAGACCUAUGCUCGGGCGCUGCUGGAGGCAGAGCGAGUGUCCAGGGGGCCGGCGCUCAUCACCUUCUUUGAGCCGCAGCUCCAGGACCUGGAGCCUUCACUACCGCCCGGCAGCCUGGUGAUCCUGCCCGUCCAGGAAGAGCCCCCACCCCGCCCCGAGGGCAGUCUUGCCAUAGGCAGUCUGGAGGCUCUGAGCCUGCACUGUCUGCAGCCCUUCAGCACCCAGGAUACACGGGGCCAACCCUUCCAUGCGCAGGCCCGGGAGGCCCUAGACGUGCUGCUGCGACACCCCUCAGGCUGGUGGCUGGUGGCUAAUGAAGACCAGCAGACGGCAUGGUUUCCUGCUCCCUACCUGGAGGAGGUGGCCCUGGGCCAGGGACAAGAUGGGAGACAGCCCUUCCGGAAUAGCGGCUCCCAGUUCUGUGCUUCCCAAGCCUAUGAAGGCAGCCAGGCCGACGAGCUGUCAGUGCCUGCGGGGGCAAGAGUGCGCGUGCUGGAAACAUCCGACCGAGGCUGGUGGCUGUGCAGGUUCGGGGGCCGCACAGGGCUUCUCCCCUCUGUGUUACUGCAGCCAGAUGGGCUCGGCAUGCUCCUGAACGGACCAGAGUUCCAUUCUGGGGCAGAGCGGGGAGAGAACAGGGCGGGGGAAGCCCAAAGCUCCCCCAAGUCCCCCCAGGUCACGACACUUCCUCCUACCGUGCCAGCCCGCCCCCUGCUGAGCGCCAUUCAGAAUCGCUGCUGCACCAUCACCCGUAGGGCACUGGGGAGGGACCCACGGAGUCAGGGACAUCCUUGAGGGUGUGUGAACCGCAUGGAGAGAGUGUGUGUACCCCACCCCCCCAGGGCAGGGGGAGGUGCAUUUGAGGGUGGGACUUGUGGCCGGCAGGGCCAGGAAGCUAUACUCUCCCGUUUCCUCUGAGUGAAGUGUCCAUGCUGAGGGGCUGGGCCUGUUGGAUUGCACAGGCCAAGGCACAGGGAUGAUGCUUGGCCAAGGCUGUAGCCUGGGACCUGGGGUGAGACAAAAGCCUAACAGACACAGGGAACUGGGAUAAAACCUUCUGGUGUUUUAACAAAAAACAACAAUAAAAAACAAACAAACAAA